AGUUUGAUGAAAGUGAUGGAUCAAUGUUUGAUCUUGGUAUUUACGACGUUAACGGUGAUUGUUCUUGUGAACAAUAUGCUUAUAAGAAACCAAUUAAAGAAAAUCCUAAAGACAAAACGGCAUUAUUUGAAAUAGAAGAAUAUGAAAUAUUUCAAGUUGUAGAAAAAUCUUAG